AAGUAUGCACACAAGGAUACCAACAUAAAUAAUUAUAAAGUUAUACAACCGUACAGGUUUUCCCUGUUUUAUAAAUAUUUUGUAGACUAUUUAACUUGACGUUAGUGUUACUAGGGCAAAAGAUUAUCCGGUCAUAAGAUAAGGUCAAAUUAUUUGUGAUUUUCGUUUGGAAAUACUGUAGCACAUUUACAAAAUUUGUUCAAAAAUACAAAAUGUCUGAACCAAUACGAGUUGUGGUAACUGGUGCAGCUGGUCAAAUUGCUUAUUCUCUUCUUUAUAUGAUAGCUAAAGGAGAUGUGUUUGGUCCUGAUCAAGCUGUUAUUUUGCAUUUAUUGGAUAUACCCCCCAUGAUGGAGGUCCUACAAGGUGUUGUAAUGGAACUUGCUGAUUGUGCACUUCCCUUAUUACGUGGUGUAGUACCAACUGCUGAUCCAGCAGAGGCAUUCAAAGAUGUUUCUGCAGCCUUCCUUGUAGGAGCAAUGCCCCGCAAACAAGGAAUGGAAAGAAAAGAUUUAUUGUCUGCUAAUGUUAAAAUUUUUAAAGUCCAAGGGGAAGCACUGAAUGAAUAUGCUAAGAAGGAUGUCAAAGUAUUGGUGGUUGGAAAUCCUGCAAAUACGAAUGCUCUUGUUUGCUCAAAAUAUGCCCCUUCAAUUCCGAGAGAAAAUUUCACUGCUAUGACCAGAUUAGACCAAAAUAGGGCACAAGCUCAAAUUGCUGCCAAAGCUGGUGUACCAGUUAAUCAGGUUUACAAUGUUUUCAUUUGGGGAAAUCACUCUUCGACUCAAGUUCCUGAUGCUUCUCAUGCUAAAGUUAUCACAGGACCAAAUACAGCUAUUUCGGCAGCUGAUGCAGUAAAGAAUGAGGCAUGGUUGCUUGCUGAAUUUAUUGCAACAGUUCAAAAAAGGGGAGCUGCAGUAAUUGCAGCAAGAAAAAUGUCUUCAGCGAUGUCUGCUGCAAAAGCUGCAGCAGAUCACAUGAGGGACUGGUUCAGAGGAACUGAACCAGGAAAAUAUGUAUCGAUGGGCGUUGUCAGCGAUGGAAGUUAUGGAGCACCCAAGGAUGUUGUAUUCUCAUUCCCUGUGGAAAUUAAAAAUGGAAAAUGGUCAAUUGUACAGGGACUCCCUAUUAACGAUUUUUAUCAACAGUUAUUGACUGCUACUGGAAAAGAAUUAGAAGAAGAAAAAGCUGAAGCAUUUUCUGUUAUCAACUCGUGACUCCUAACGAAGCUUUAAACAAGUUAAGUUGGAUCAGAAUUUCAGUUUUUGAAUUAAUUCAGUCAUCUUACAUAAAAAUUGACAGCAUCCAAUACAAAUUUUCUUUUGUACACUUUUUGUAAAAUACCUUCAAUUAACUGAAAUUCUUCACAAUUAUUCAGCUGUAAAAUGAGCCUGGUUUUUCUGGCUGUAUAUUAGUGCAUUGCUUUUAGUACCUAUGUAACAGCAAUGUAGAAGGUGCGCUUCUGAUUUAACUUCUUUAAAGCUUUUGGUUUAACAGAUCUAUUUUGUUACAUUAUUCGCAUUUACUUUUGUAUGCUUUACUAUAUCUGUAUUAUUUUUGACCACCGUUUCGUUUAAUUGUAAUCAUUUUAAACUAUCAAUAAAUAAUGUUGCUGUUUAA